AUGGGUGCAAAUCUAUCAAAAGCAUUAGGUUCGUGUCCUCUCCGCGAGCUCCCACCCGUCGUCGCCUCCGCUAACACGGCCUCUGGUCCCCCAGGCAAGCUCUUCCAGAGCAGAGAAAUGCGCCUCUUGAUGCUCGGACUCGAUGCGGCGGGAAAGACAACCAUUCUGUACAAACUAAAGCUCGAUCAAUCUGUCACAACAAUUCCUACUGUCGGAUUUAAUGUGGAGACGGUAACCUAUAAGAAUGUAAAAUUCAACGUUUGGGACGUGGGCGGUCAAGACAAGAUUCGCCCGCUUUGGCGACAUUACUUCACCGGAACCCAGGGCCUCGUCUACGUCGUCGACUCCUGCGACCGUGAACGCAUCGACGAAGCUCGUCAGGAGCUCCACCGCAUCCUGAGCGACCGGGAGAUGGCCACCUGUCUUCUCCUUGUCUUCGCCAACAAGCAAGACUUGCCCGGAGCCAUGUCCCCCGCCGAGGUCACAGAGAAGCUCGGUCUCCAUAGAAUGCGCGACAGGCUGUGGUACGUUCACCCCAGCUGUGCUACCACCGGAGAGGGUCUCUUCGAAGGCCUUCAAUGGCUAUCAAACACUGUCCGCCGACAGCCCCAGAAGUAG